GACACUGAGAUGACUACACGGCGACAUUAGAAAGGAAGAAAAGGCAGGGAGACAGAGAAGGCUGGGAAGGACUGGGGAAAAGGCAGUGCAGAGAGAAAGGUCAAGAAGAGAACAUAAAUCCUGCCUGCAAGUCUCAUCACAGGUUUUCCAUGGCAGAGAUUGGGUGCCCCGUGUCUGAACCGUUUCCACCUGGGAGCACCAUUCCAUCCAACCCUACUGUCACAAAUGACAUUAUUCCACUUUCUGCUGAACUGAAAGACAUCAAACCUGAGGAGAUACAGAAGAGUUCUAGUGAAGUACCAUGCUCAGAAAAAGUCCUGGAAGAUGGAGGGCAUAUAAAAGAAAAAGAUAAAUGCCUUCACAAUGACCCAUGCCCCCACGGUAUUGCAGAGGUUCACAUAUCUGAUGAAGCAUGUGCCCAGAUGGCAUCUGGUGCGAACCAUAAGAAUGAACAGGCAUCACUGUCUCUCACAGAGGAAGCCUCCUCAUUACACACAUACCUAGGAGAAGAGAACCCAUCCCCAACCAAGCAAUAUUUUCAGAGGAGUCAAGCAGAUACCCUUCAAGUACAGCAAAAGGCCCAUAUUCAUCCUCUUCAAAGUGAAACAAUUGAGUCUAGCUCUCUGAAUAAGAAACAAGAAGCACCCAAUCCGUCCUUAGUUUCUAAGGAGCCCACACAUACACAACAAAGCAGCAGUGCCACCACUUUCUGCGUAGCAGAAAGCAGCCCAAUCCAGCCAAGCUCUGUUCAGAUUUGCACUUCUGGCAGUUCUCAGGUGUCAGGAGAGUUUGCGAGGGACAUUAAACCCUCUACGCUUGAAGCGGCUGCUUGCUGCAGCCCGUACCAUCAUGUAGCUGUUGAGGACACGUUUGCUGCCUACUGUCACCCCCAGCCCAUACCUGCUCCUGCCCAACUUGUACCACGACUAAUGAACAUGGAGGGAGACUACAAGGGAAAGAAAGCAGGACCAACCUUGUUAUCUCUUCCUCCACUCGUUUCCUCCAUCAGUGAGACAAGACUGGAUUCUAAAAGACUGGUCCACUGCUGUAGUCUGGACUGUAAAUGGCCUGGUCCUUUGCCCCAGGGUGGAAGUAGGGAGCAAUCAAUGAAAGAGGGUAGAAACAUGAGAGAUGCAGGGACUAUGACCUCCUGCAGGGAGCUGAAGGACAUAGGGGUGCAAGUGGGUCAAGACUCAGAAAGGUCACCUCAACAUGUCUUCCCAAAGGUAUGUCUGGUGGAUGAGGGGGUGAAUGGAAAUGACAAGCUUCCAGUGCAACAGAAAACUCCUGUAAAGGAUGUGAAGUGGGAUUCAGAAGGAAUGACAUGGGAAAUCUAUGGUGCCUCUGUGGACCCUGAGGAACUGGGCUUGGCUAUUCAAAGGCACUUGGAGCUGCAGAUCAAGGAGACUGCAGAGAGAGCAGCAAGGCUCUCACAGAAGAACAAGACCACUUCACACUUGGGAAAUGAGAAAAGGAAAUGGAAGAGGAGGACGGGAGUAAUUGCAGCUCUUCGUCCUUCAAUCUGUUGUAGCCGGCCCUCUAAUGUCGUGGAAUAACUACCAAAACGAUCUGGGUUUUGUAUUUUCAAGCAUCAUAGAUUUCUCAGAACUUGCAGAUGAUGUAUGAAGCAGGUUAUAUUUGAAGUACAAUAAUGGAUGAGAGAGAACAUGUGCCUAAGUCUUCCUUUCAGUUUCAGAACCACAUGCAUUGCUUCGGAAAACUUUAGAGUGACCUUAAGGGCUAUUUGUUUGGUAUGUAAUUCAACCCAUUUUUCUGUCAGUGGAGCACUUUAUUUCUUACAAGCAUUUUGUCACUCUUAAGCAGCAGAGUACUGAGUUUAAGACAGUAAGGGGUAAGACAGAAAGCACAAACCCAGCUGUGAGCCUGAGACCAUUUGACACCUGUUGACUCCUCACUAAAGUUAAACAACUCAGCUGAUAAUGCUCAUAUAAGAUCACAGACAAAGUACUUAAUUAGGUAAAGCUGUUAGUGUAAAUUCCAAAGGUACCUGAGAGACUGAACAUGAUACUGAACUUUGACCCUGUGCUUCCUGACAUGUCUGAGGAGGGCCAUGCUAAGCGAAAAACCUUAUGCAGCAAUACAAUGGCCAAAUAAGAGUCUCUGCUGUUCUUGAGAAAUGUCUUAAGCAAGCUUGAAAUAUAAAAUAUGUCUUUGGAUAGCCAAGAAUUAAUAGUUUUAAAAAAAUAGCACAUUAAGACUUGAAAUAAUGAAGGCUUAAGAGAACCUAGAGGUCAAAGCAAGAGCUCUGUAUCUCUGUAGUACCUUAGUUGGUAUUUUCUGAUUUGAGUGAGACACCUCUGAAAUCAAACAAUCAUUUUUAAACAGUACUGGAAAUCUGCUAGUUGGUUGUUCUAAACAUCUGAUUUUAUAAUUAAAUAAUGUUAAAAAAACCUUACAGGAAUGUAGAAUUAGCAUAAUGGAAUUUAUAGUUAUUCUACGAAAUCGAGUCGUACAUGAGCUGAUAGCCGAGUUGGCUAUAAGCCAUGUAGGAUGAGACUGAUAUUCUAUCCACAGUCACUGGAUUUUGAGAAACAGAUCAUUUUUAUUGUUUGCAAAUUCGAUAAAUAAAAAC